AUGGCGGCGGGGAGCAGUGUGGCCCAGAAGACCUGGGAGCUCUCCAAUAACAUGCAGGAAGUACAGAGCAUCGAUGAGAUCUACAAAUAUGAUAAGAAACAACAGCAGGAGAUCCUGGCCGCAAAGCCUUGGACGAAGGAUCAUCAUUACUUUAAGUACUGCAAGGUGUCUGCCCUAGCACUGCUGAAGAUGGUCAUGCACGCCCGGUCAGGAGGAAACCUGGAAGUGAUGGGUCUGAUGCUUGGAAAGGUGGAUGGAGAAACAAUGAUUAUUAUGGACAGUUUUGCGUUACCUGUUGAAGGGACUGAAACCAGAGUGAAUGCUCAAGCUGCUGCAUAUGAAUACAUGGCUGCAUAUAUAGAAAAUGCAAAACAGGUUGGCCGCCUUGAGAACGCCAUUGGCUGGUACCACAGUCAUCCAGGCUAUGGCUGUUGGUUGUCUGGAAUCGAUGUCAGUACACAGAUGCUUAAUCAGCAAUUUCAGGAACCGUUUGUUGCUGUUGUGAUUGACCCAACCAGAACUAUAUCUGCAGGGAAAGUUAACCUUGGGGCUUUCAGAACUUACCCAAAGGGGUACAAGCCGCCAGAUGAAGGACCCUCAGAGUACCAGACUAUUCCUUUAAACAAAAUAGAAGACUUUGGUGUGCAUUGUAAACAGUAUUAUGCACUGGAGGUCACGUAUUUCAAGUCCUCUCUUGACCGAAAAUUGCUAGAGCUUUUGUGGAAUAAGUACUGGGUGAAUACAUUGAGCUCCUCCAGCCUCCUUACUAAUGCUGACUACACAACAGGACAGGUUUUUGACUUGUCUGAGAAACUAGAGCAAUCAGAAGCCCAGCUUGGCCGUGGCAGUUUUAUGCUGGGAUUAGAAACGCACGAUAGGAAAUCUGAAGACAAACUAGCCAAAGCUACAAGAGACAGCUGUAAAACAACAAUCGAAGCAAUCCAUGGCUUGAUGUCACAAGUGAUUAAAGAUAAACUCUUUAAUCAAAUAAACACUUCAUAG